AUGCGGCCACGUAAGACAAUUUUGCUCAUUGGUGUACUGGUUAUUUGGGUGUUAAUGACUUAUCUCGCGUUUAUGCGCUCCGUUCGGGGAACGGAUGGUUCGCGACCCAGACCUGCGGUCGCCAACAAAGUGAUGCUGGAACAGGUGCAGUAUUUUGAGGAAAAUCUGAAAAGUUUUUCUGAAAAUCGGCAGAACCUGUACCGCGAUAUCAUAAACAUUCUGCGGCGAGAGGUUAAAGUACCGAGCAUUCCAGCGCAGGCAAUUCCCCUCGUACCAUCAGAAGAAUCACCGGGAUCGGCUAUUGACGAAGGAGAAAAGGCGAAGGAAGGAAAUUCGGAGUUGGAAGAAGAAGCAAAAGGUGUCCUCGGCGUACCUGCUCCAUUGGCACCAAUACCAGAAGCGGAAGAUGGACGGCCAGAAGUGGAACGCGCUCUGAGCAAGUUUCAACAACGUUAUCUCAACAAUGAUCCAGCAUUUCCGGUGAUCCCAGUAGUUGUGUUUGCGUGUAAUCGGAUCUCAGUCAACAAGUGUUUGGACGAUCUGAUACGCUAUCGACCAAGCGCAGAGCAGUUCCCCAUAAUUGUUUCGCAAGACUGCGAUGAUGAAGCGACUAGGAACACGAUCCUAUCGUAUCGAGACGAGGUCACGCUUAUACAGCAACCGGAUCAGUCGGACAUACCCGUACCACCGAAAGAGAAGAAGUACAAGGGUUAUUACAAGAUUUCGCGCCAUUACGGUUGGGCGUUGCGGGCAGUGUUUGGCCAAGGAUUCGAUUCAGUUAUACUGGUCGAAGACGAUCUCAGUGUGGCACCGGACUUUUACGAAUAUUUCCUCGGCACCUAUCCGAUUUUGAAGCACGACAAAUCACUAUGGUGUGUGUCGGCAUGGAACGACAAUGGCAAGGAAGGUUUAAUCGACAGCACGGCGCACGAUCUCUUAUACCGGUCUGAUUUCUUCCCCGGACUGGGCUGGAUGAUGACGAAGGAUCUAUGGAACGAAUUGGAACCGAAGUGGCCCAAAGCAUUUUGGGAUGAUUGGAUACGGCAGCCAGAACAGCGCAAGGAACGGGCCUGUAUACGACCCGAACUGCCAAGAUCGAGAACGUUUGGCAAGAUAGGUGUAUCCAAUGGCCUCUUUUUCGACAAGCAUCUGAAGUACAUCAAGCUAAGCGAAGAAUUUGUCAGCUUUACCAAAAGCAAUCUAUCCUACCUAGUAAAGUCUGCAUACGAUCACGCUUUCUUGAAAACCGUCUACCAAAGUCGGGUGGUAACAUUGGAUGAACUGAAGCGUGGCAUGGUAAUGACCAGAGAACCGAUUCGCAUAGCGUACCACACCAAAGAACAAUACAAACGGGCCACCAAGAACCUCGGUCUGAUGGACGAUUUUAAGAGCGGAGUACCACGAACGGCUUACCGAGGUAUAGUUUCGUUCUUCUACAACGGGCAGCGGGUUUACCUAGCGCCCAGUAGCGCAAAUUGGAAGGGUUAUGAUCUCACCUGGAGUUAACAGAGCGCUCCACUGCCCAGCUUGAUCUAGCGGCGCAGCAUUGUUAUCGUUUUGCUGCGCAACCUUUUUCGAGGUGCAUUCGCUUCCGCGAAGAACUGAC